UUCUCCUCUCACUUUGACCGACAUUCAUCCUCCAAAUUCGGAUCUCUCUCUCUCUCUCUCUCUCUCUCUCUCGUCUGUCUUCCCCAAAAUUUGCUCCGCCCUUCUGCCGUCUCCCACCACCGCCACCUUCCCCGCCGGAAGACCGAGGCGGCUUCUCCCUCCGAUUCUCACCACGUGUGAUCUCACCGAAUCUUCCAUCGGCGCCCCCAUCUGGCGACAGAUCCGAUGAUCUUAAGCUUCACCAGAUAAAACUUCAGCUUCCAGCCGAAUCUACAAAUUUUAUCUGGUUGCCGCUCCUGUAACUCGCGGAAUUAGGGUUUGAGGGAGGGGGAGGGGGUUUUGAGAGGGAGGUCACUUAUUCUCGAAACCUCUCCGUGAAUUUCUUUUGUGAAGUGAUUCGGGGAUCUAACUUGUAAUGGGCGGAGUUCCAGGAAGCUGGAAAGAUGUUGGGGCAACUUUUUUCAGUUGGAUUUGAUCGCAUGUAACACUUGCAUUGGUGAGCCACGCAUGUUCCAUAAUCUAGGGUGGUUCAUCGGUCUAAGUUAUCAAGUUCGGUCUGUGAAGAGGCUCCCUGAUGCAAAGCCACGUUUGGCCAAAGUUAAGCCGGUGGCUAUGUUGGAUACUGUACAGGAAGUUGCUAUUUACAUUCAUAGGUUCCACAAUCUCGACCUUUUUCAGCAAGGAUGGUACCAAAUUAAAAUUAGCAUGAGAUGGGAAGACAGCGAGUAUACUUCCGUCGGAACACCAGCUAGAGUUGUUCAAUAUGAAGCUCCUGAUUUGGGAUCUGGUAAUAGUUAUGGAGUAUGGAAGAUUGAUGAUACAGACAACAGUUUCUCUACACAGCCGUUUAAGAUCAAGUAUGCAAGGCAGGAUGUACUUCUGUCCAUUAUGAUCUCAUUCAAUUUCCCCCUUGUUAAGUAUGAGGCUCCAUCCAACUCUGCCAUUAUUUUGAAGUUUGAGCUCAUGUAUGCUCCAAUAUUGGAGGCUGGACUAGAAUUGCAGGCCUCGUUGGAUGCUUCUCCUGCUGCAGUACAUGAAUUCCGAAUUCCUCCGAAAUCUCUCUUAGGAUUGCAUUCGUAUUGCCCUGUUCAUUUUGAUGCAUUCCAUGCAGUGCUUGUUGAUGUAAGCGUACACAUUUGUUUACUACAUUCUUAUACUCCGGAGAAAAGAUCCAGUGAUCCACACAAGGCAGGAAAGCAUGCUGCUAGACAUUUUUAUCCACAAAAUCAGGUUGGGGCAUUGCGGGACGAUAAAGCGGUCACACUUAUUAAAGCAUUAUUGAGCGCUCGUGAUAUUCUGCUCGAGGAGUUUCAAAACCUUAGCAAAGCCAUUGACCAAGCCUUUGAUUUUACUGAUUUUAUAUCUGGAAUGGAUGAUACGGAGUAUAUUGAUGUUUUGAUGCCUCCAAAGGUGGCUAACAGAAUGGGUGGAGUUUCAGGACAAGGCAAGCCACAAAACGGCCUUGAGAGGACUAAUGGUGGUGACCAAAUGCACCAAUCAAGAUUCGGAAGUCAUAUUUCGCACCAUUUCCACUCACUCGGUGAUCAACUGUUAUAUUUAUGGAGCAGUUUUUUGAAGUUCCAUAGGGCUAAUAAAACAAAGAUUCUAGAAUAUCUACGGGAUGUAUGGGCAAAGGACAGGAGAGCUGAGUGGUCAAUAUGGAUGGUCUACUCUAAAGUUGAGAUGCCCCAUCACUACAUAAAUAGUGGAAGUGAGGAACCUUCAAACCUUGCAAUCCGUAGAAGUAAUGUUCAUAAAAGAGUUUCAAGUCUGUGGAAGUUAGCAGAUGAUCCUGCCCAAAAUGCAGCCAUGAGAGCUGAGCUUCAUCGUCGGAGUAUUUUACAAAUGAGGAUUAAUAAUAGAUCUAUCCAAGAUCUGCAUAUAUUUAGAGAUCCUUCACGAAUCCCUAUUGUAAUCAUUGAGCGUGUCAUGAAUGCUCCUCGACGUUCAACUAGUGAAAAUUCAUACUUGAGGCAUUUUGACAUGAUAGAUGCUAUUGGGAUGGACAGUGGGCCAAGCUCAGAUGCCGUAGACAAGCUGCCUCGCUCUGUACCAGAAAGGAGUGGUCGCAUUUUGAAGAUUGUUGUCUUUGUACAUGGGUUUCAGGGUCACCACCUUGAUCUACGACUUGUUCGGAACCAAUGGCUUUUAAUAGAUCCCAAAAUAGAAUUUCUUAUGUCUGAAGUAAAUGAAGAGAAAACUUCUGGAGACUUCAGAGAAAUGGGACUGAGGCUGGCGCAAGAGGUGAUUUCUUUUGUUAAAAAGAAAAUGGAUAAAGCUUCAAGAUAUGGGAGUUUGCGAGAUAUUAAGAUUAGUUUUGUGGGACACUCCAUCGGAAAUGUAAUUAUAAGGACAGCAUUAGCGGAAAGCAUUAUGGAGCCAUAUCAUCGUCAUCUGUAUACUUAUGUUUCGAUAUCGGGUCCACACUUGGGUUAUCUUUACAGUUCAAACUCGUUGUUUAACUCUGGCCUGUGGCUUUUGAAGAAGUUCAAGGGCACACAAUGUAUUCAUCAGCUGACUUUUACUGACGAUCCGGAUCUACAAAAUACGUUCUUCUACAAAUUGUGUAAGCAAAAGACGUUGAACAAUUUCAAGCACAUAAUCCUGUUUUCAUCUCCACAGGAUGGGUAUGUUCCAUAUCAUUCUGCCAGGAUUGAAUUGUGCCAGGCAGCUGCAAUGGACAACUCAAAAAAAGGGAAGUUAUUCCUGGAUAUGCUGAAUGAUUGUCUGGACCAAAUACGGGCCUCUUCCCUUGAUCAAAGAGUGUUCAUGCGUUGUGAUGUGAAUUUUGACACCUCUGCUUAUGGCAAAAAUUUGAACACCAUUAUCGGACGAGCGGCUCACAUCGAGUUUUUAGAAUCUGACUUUUUUGCAAGAUUCAUAAUGUGGUCUUUCCCAGAGUUAUUUAAAUGAUUGUCAUAAAGGGAGACAUCCAUUGCAUCUCCAGCAAGUAUUUAUCAUGCCUUCCUCCCCUGUAUACCUCCGAAGCAGUGCCGGAAUCAAACGAAAGUGCAGUUUUUUCGGCUUAUUUGAUACUAUCAUUGUACACACGGGAUAGGAAGAUGCAUGGAGAUGGGGAAAUUAUGUGAAGUACUGGCUUAACUAUUGUUAUGCACUGAGGAGUUAGAUUGUCAUUCUAAGGCCAAAUGAUAGCCGAGAAAAAACAAGAAGUAUUCCAUGUUUAAAAGCUGAAGCUCGAGUUCUUGCGCUGCUUUGUUUUAUAGACCAGGGGAAAAGUGGUUGGCUAAUACUGAUUUUGCGGUUAUAUGAUGCUUUUGUCCCAUUCCUGUUUAGACAUGGAACGCAGGGCGAUGCAUUUAGGUGCUGCUUGCGGUUAGAUGCUGCUUGCAUCGUGAUCUAGUGACUCGGUAUAUAUUUGUCUAAAUCUAUUGAUUAGGCUGUUAUUUUGUCUUUGAUGCAGCUGGUGUCUCUGAUCUGUUUCCAGAUUGAUCUGAUAAUGGAAUCUGUAGAAGAAUAGCGAACCCGUUUUACGGGUCUUUUGGCUAGUCUAUUUAUUGCUCUUCCAAUCUGAAUUGAGGUUUCCAAGUGCUUUGACAACAGGAACUUCAAUUCAAAGUCAUUUCUAUAAAUAUUACAAAAUAGGUCAUGUUAGUAUUAUGUGCUUCAAGUUCACCUAUUUAUUUUAGGUUGCAGUAGAAUUGUGGUUGCAGUAGAGUUGUUGAACUUCUAAUAUGGAUGGUAAAAAAUCAAUUUGGUUUUUGAUUAGACA